GCGGGUAGCAGCUUGCGCCGAAAGGGCUCGGGCUGGUUGGUCGGGACGCUUGACAAGUCCCGCUGAAAACUUCAGAGGAGGCAAAGUCCAGCCUGACUGCGAGGGAGACAGAGUGGAAGUUAACGUGAGAGAGCGUGCUGGGGGAGAGAACACAAAUCGCAUGUAUUUUUAAAGAAAUGCUCCAAAGAUGGCGGUGGUAAUAACGACGGGGGUUUCAGGUGCCUUCGGAGUCCAAAAAAGUGGAUUUCUUGAGGUUUUGGUGCGGGAACGGUGGCACAAAGUUUUGGUCAACUUAAACGAGGAAGCGCUCACGUUAAGCUGCGAGGAGGGCUGCGUUAAUAACGACAACGUGAAUGACAGCGUCAACUCCAACGGCGUUACCAACGGAUCUUACCUUGAUAACAAUAACGCCAACUCCAACAACGGUCCCCAAACUGUGCGCACCGUGUUCUCGGACCUCCCGGAGCGAGUGCCGGAGGCGAUCGCCAACAGAAAGCGGUGUCUUAAGGUGACCAAGCAGGAGGUCGGAGGGCUUGGGAUCAGCAUCAAAGGUGGGAAGGAGAAUAAAAUGCCCAUCCUCAUCAGUAAGAUAUUCAAGGGACUCGCAGCGGACCAGACACAGGCUCUGUAUGUCGGGGACGCCAUCCUGUCCGUGAACAGUGUGAACCUGCGGGACGCGACCCACGACGAGGCUGUGCAGGCGCUGAAACGGGCCGGGAAAGAGGUGACACUGGAAGUGAAGUACAUGCGCGAGGCCACACCGUACGUCAAAAAGGGCUCCCCGGUGUCAGAGAUCGGCUGGGAAACCCCCCCUCCUGAGUCUCCUCGCCUCAGCCCUACCAUCAUCUCCUCCUCCUUCAACACAUUUGACCCUCCGAGCUCUCCUACCCAGCCCUCCCUGUCCCUGCAGGGCGACAGGAGGUGCAUACCACUCAAGAUGUGUUGCGUAACCCGAGCCAUGACCACACCAGACCCUGAGAACAGACAACUGGAGCUACACUCCCCUGACGCCAGGCACACCGUGGUGCUGCGGUGCCCAGACCAACCAUCUGCCCUGUCCUGGUUCUCUGUCAUGCACUCCGUCACCUCCAAACUGGCACAGCGGGCGCUGGCAGAGGUCAUCCAGAGCACCGCCAGGACGGGGGUAGCUGGCAGCAAAGAGAUACGACACCUGGGAUGGCUGGCAGGGAAGACGGAGAGUGAGAAGCAAUGCUGGAAGCCGGUGCUGAUGGUGGUGACAGAGAAAGACCUACUGCUGUAUGAGAGUCUACCACGAGGCAAGGAGGCCUGGCAGAGCCCUGCACACACGUAUCCACUCUUAGCAACCCGUCUGGUCCACUCUGGCCCUGACCGGGGGUCGCCACACUCUGGCACAGAGCUGUUCUUUGCCACUCGGACCGGCACACGACUCGGCAUCGAGACUCACCUGUUCCGGGCAGAGACCACCAAGGAUCUGUCCCUGUGGACCAGACACAUAGUCAACGGAUGUCACGCCUCAGCUGAGAUGAUCAAAGAAGUCACGACAAGUUGUCUAUACCAGAGCCAGGAGUGCCGGCUGGUGAUUCACUACGAACAGGGCUUCUCUGUGCUGGCUGACCCCAAACUGGGAGACGGGGACAAUGGGGAGGAGAGAGGAGCUCACACACCCAACAGGCCCCGGGUGCUCCUGUCCUACCCCUACGAAAAACUAAAGAUGUCCUCGGAUGACGGAGUUCGCAUGCUCUUCCUUGAAUUUGGAGGGAAGGAGGGGGAGAUUCAACUGGACCUCCACUCGUGUCCGAAGCCGAUCGUCUUCAUCCUCCACUCCUUCCUCUCUGCUAAGAUCUAUCGUCUGGGUCUGGUGGCCUGACCUCUCUAAAGGGACAUUUAGUCUUUUUUGAAAGCAUAAAUCCACCUUGUUUCUCCACCUCUCUGCAGCCCGCAUGCAGCAGUACGCCACGUCAAACUCCAUCAGUCAGGUACCCAAGCUGAGUUGAAUGUAGCCUCUAUCUGGAAAUUGACCUCAAUCUCCAAGUCAAUGAAACACUGGAGAAACUAACCCAGGUAGGUUUUUGCUUUGAGUGAAGUGGACUGUUUUUUGGGAUAAACCCUCCCUUUACCGGCUGCAUGGACUGAAGUGUUGACUGAAGAACCACAGAAGAAAACAUGGACUGGACUAGAAAGAGAGGGAUGAUAUAUACAGAGAGAUGGACACAGAUUGGGCAUUACUGUCACGUCCAGGAUUAGAAGGACUGGACACGAUUGAGAUGAAUUCACUUUUAAUUCAAUCAAAAUGUAAUGGCGAACUGCCUUCCAUUUACCAAUUAUAUAAUUUAUUCACUAUUAGCUCUCAAAGGUCAUUCUGAAUUUCAUUUUCAUUUUUCUUCACCAAACACUUGACACACUGUGGAAAAACUUUAUGCAUUUGUCUUUGUUAGCGUCCACUGAAUCGUCUUGUUAGCGACGUCGUCAUUCAUCAUUGAAACUGGUUGGCACAACCGCCCGCACAGUCUCCACCAAUGUGACGGCUGACUGAAAUUCAAAAUGUCACCGUAUUCUUUUAAGAUGUUGCAUACUGUGACCAAAGUAAGUAAAGUAUUUCAACGUUUGACUGAUUUAUCUGAAGUCAGUUCUGAUGUCUUCAGUUAUAGAGAAAAGCCUCGGCUCCAAUCAACAUGAAUUAUAAUAUACACAAGCAUUCAGAUGUAUUUUUUUAAAUCACAUUUAAAUUCCAUGUAUUCUUUAUCACUCAGAAUAAUAAUAAUAAUAGCUUGCAACUUCCAACUUCGAUUUCCACAGAGAUACUAGUAUUACAUAUGCAUGGAGGUUUAAGAUAAGGAUAAAUAUGCACGUUUAAUUAAUCCCUAAUGGUUCCAUAGCCAAACAAUGAGGUAAUGUGCAGAAUACUUUGGUAAACACAUUUUGACCAGAUACAUUAGUUUGAUCUUUUAGGGAAAUAUGCUUUUUCACUUUCUCGCAGAGAGUUUGAUGAGCUACAGCCAGUUGCCUAUUAGCUUAGCUUUGCUAACAUUGGAAAACAGCUAGCUUGAUAAGCUAGUUAAUCAGGGAGCUCUAGAGGUGCUAGUAGGUGGAGUUUGUUACUGUACCUUUGGACUGUCUGGCUGUUUCCUGUAUGAUAAGCUAUCCAGCUACUGGUUAUGGCCUUAUAUAUAAUGGACAGAUGCGAGAGGGAUAUUUAUCUUCUGAUCUAUUUCCCAAAAUGUUAAA